AUGCCGGGGGUUGAUGGAGACAAGAGCAAGGAGGAGAUCAUUGCAUCAGUGGGGAUCAAGCGAGAAGAGCCUGACGACCGAGAUGGCGAUGAGGAGAAGGUCAAGGUGAAGUUGGAAAGGGCCGGGGAUGACUACGAUGUGGAUGAUUUCGAUGAGAAUCGUUUGGAUGAGGUUCUUGGCGAUGAUGACAACAAGGAGGCUAUCGGGAUCGCCCCAAGGCGACCACAACCGCCCCAACGUUUCUGUCCGUAUCUCGACAGCAUCAACCGUCACAUUCUUGACUUCGACUUUGAGAAAGUUUGCUCUAUCUCCAACUCCCACUUGAACGUCUACGUGUGCCUUGUGUGCGGGAAGUACUUCCAAGGACGAGCCCGAGGGUCUCCAGUCUACUUCCACUCGCUAGAGCACAAUCACCAUGUUUUCAUGAAGCUGGAAUCAGGAAGAGUGUAUUGCAUUCCGGACAACUACGAAGUGCUGGACUCGUCCCUGGCGGACAUCAAGCACAACUUGAACCCGACAUACACAUCUGAACAUGUGAAGAGUCUGGACAUUGACGUCAAGUACUCGAGAGGAAUCGAUGGUACGGAGUUCAUCCCGGGGACUGUUGGGUUGAACAAUCUCAAGAACACGGCUUACUUGAACGUCAUCAUCCAAGCUCUCAGCUGCGUGACUGAGCUGCGAAACUUCUUUCUCCUGCCCGAGAACUACAAGCACUUCAAGAGCCCGCUUGUUCAGAGGUUCGGCGAGCUGCUUAGAAAGAUGUGGAACCCUUCUGCCUUCAAGGGACAGGUAUCCCCGCACGAGCUGUUCCAGGCGAUUUCUGUGGAGAGCAACAGGAAGUACCGAAGCGAUGUCCACUCUGACCCUGCGGAGUUCUUGAACUGGUUUCUCAACAGCUUGCACCGGGGGCUGGGAGGAUCGAACAAGAGGAACAGUUCAGUUAUUCACAAAGUGUUCCAAGGACUGGUGAGGUUUCAAGAGGUCCGAGUGGAGUCGAAGAAGGCCAAGAUCAAGAAGGCAGAUGAGAACGAGAGGAUGGUCAUGGAUGACAUGGACGACGACGAGCCAUGGGACGUUCAGACAACUCCUUUCCUGCAGCUGACUCUCGACCUCCCCCCUACCCCCUUGUACGCUGAUGAGAGGGACAAGAACAUCAUCCCGCAGGUCCCCUUGCUGACGAUCCUCCACAAGUUCGACGGCGUCUACGAGCAGAACGUUCGAGGAGUCUUGAAGCGUUUCCGAUUGUUGGAGCUUCCCCGCUAUCUCAUCCUGAACAUCAAGAGAUUCAACAUGAACACUCAGUUCGAGAUGGAGAAGAACCCCACCAUUGUUUCCUUCCCCAUCAAGAAUCUUGAUCUGCGAGAAUUCAUUGAUAUUCCCGAGGGCCAAAAUGUAGUUACAAGAUACGACUUGGUCGCCAACAUCUGCCAUGAGGGGCUUGUGACUAAGGCAACUGGGACAAACGAGGUUCACGACAAAGGUAUCGCUAUGAAAGAAGGAGUUUUCAGGACCCAGUGUCUCAACAAGGCCCAAGAUCAGUGGUUUCUCAUGGAUGACCUACACAUCCAAGAGAUUCUCCCGCAGGUUGUCUCCAUCUCGGAAGCGUACAUCCAGAUCUACGAGCGAUCGGAUCUCACAGCGGCCAGGAAUGCGCAGAAACCGGUCAACGUGAAGGCGGAAGUGAAGAUGGAGGUCAGUGUCAUGUGGCGCGUGUAG